GCUGUUCUUUCCACAUACCCCGUGAUAUCCCAAACAACAUAACAAAGUGGGGGAACAUGGCGAGUGGAGAGGAGGCCAGAAGAUGCCCCUCGGUUACCUCCUCCUCGGUUGGCCUUGAGUCUCUGUUCCCUGCCGGGACUUCGGAGCAGAUCUGCGGGGACGCGAACCCGGAGCUGGUCCACCUGCGGGAGCGUCUUCAGGGCUGGCUCUCGCAGUACGAGCCCAUACUGCUAUGGGUGCAGCGGCUGCUGGUGUGGGAGAGGCCGCUGUGCAGCAUCUGUGUCGCCCUGACACUCAACACGUUAUUCUGGCUGCUGUCAUCCACCUCCCUGCGGCCUCUGUUCCUGCUCAGUGUGUCCCUGCUGGGACUCAUGCUGCUGGAGAGAUGGAAGCCCAAGAUGCCCAUCAUCACCAUUCAACAUGCAGAUCCUCCCCCUCUACAAAGCGACUCGAUGAGUGUGGAGCAGCAUCUGCUCAGUGUCCCUGAGCUCAGCCACCACCUGGCUGAAGGCUACCUGACCUACCGUCUGUACCUGCAGGAGACGCUGCAGUACAAACGACAGAACCAUGGCAAGUUCUGUGUAAUGAUGUGCAGCAGCAGUUUUGUACUGGCUGUGGUUGGACAUUAUGUACCGGGAAUCAUGAUCUCCUAUAUUAUUGUGCUGAGCGUGUUGUUAUGGCCGCUGGUGGUGUACCAUGAACUGAUCCAGCGCAUGUACACGGGCCUGGAGCCGAUCCUGAUGAAACUGGACUACAGCAUGAAGGGAGAAACCGAGCACCGCAAGCACGACAAGAGGAAGGUGAAGAAGGAAACCGAAGAAGGGGACGAGCCACAAGCUGAAACGGAGAGCGAGAGUGAGGAGGAGCUGUCCUGCUUCGCCACGACGGUGGAUGUGAAGACCACGGCUCUGGCGAUGGCCAUCACAGACUCGGAGUUGUCAGACGAGGAGGCGUCCAUCCUGGAGAGUGGCGGCUUUUCCGUGUCCAGAGCCACCACUCCUCAACUCACUGACGUCUCUGAAGAUCUGGACCAGCAGAGUUUACACAGCGACCCAGAGGAGGCCUACAUGAGGGAUCUCCCUGAGUUCCCCUCAGUGGAGGAGUUCCCGUCCAUGGAGCACAACCUGCUUCACUUCCCUCUGCGGGGCAGCGGUCAGGGCGACGGAGCCCAGGCCGGUGCUCCGUCAGAGGAGGAACCGCUGAGCCCCGCCAGCCUCCUCAUCCAGCACCUCGCGUCUCCGCUCCACUUUGUGAACACGCACUUCAACGGCCACGUACGACCACCCGGGGCCGAGGAGGGGGAGCAAGCGGGGAGACAGGCGGGAGACGGGAAGGAAGAUGCGGUUACCCAGGAUGCCCAGCAGUCGUUGGAGGCGUUGAGCGAGGAGAUAGUGAGCACGGCCAUCUCCACCGUGGUGCAGAACACUCUGUCGGCCCUGCUGCGCUCCAGCGAGGACCCCGCCCUGGCCGAGUUCCUCCCUACUGAAACCCUCCCUGGCCCUCUGGAGACCACCACCACUGAGAUCACUACAGUCGGGGCCGGCGAGGACCUGGACGAAGCGACGGAAAGCGGUGCAGGCGAGGAAGUCCCCGACGACACACUGGUUCCCACCGAAGAAGAGGACUUUGAGCUUCUGGACCAAAGUGAACUGGAGCAGUAUGACGAGGGGCUGGACCUCAUCUCUGACAGACAGGCGGGGGGGGGGGAGAGCCCUCCGUCUCCCCAGCAUCCACCACAGUCAUAGCUUCCCUGUUGCCUCCCCCUCACCCUCUUCAGUUUUUGUUUUUAUUUGUACGUUAGACCUACAUUAUAUUCACACAUACUGCUAUAUACGAGACAUUUAUCAGAGUUAGCCGUUUGAUUCUGCCGGUCAGUGAUGGGGGGGACAUGUUGAGAUUACAAGGGUCGGCUCAGCCUCGGUUCAAUCUGCAGUAGUUUGGUUUUGUGACCUGGCAGCAUCAUGUUCAGGUCAGAGCUGGCUUGGGUUACAAGGCAUAGAGACAUCAUUAUGUUCAGGGGUGGUGAUGGAGUUGAAAUCUGGUUGAUUUAAUAGCAAAUCUAUUUCUUCCUGUCAGAAUAAUGAUGCCUUUAUUUUCCACCUUGGCUUAGAACGUAACCCUUCCACCUUGUUCAUUCAGAUGGGUUUACGAAGAGUUGUUGGGUUAUAUAACUAAUAAUAUAUGCUAUAAAUUAUUUAAUUUAACGGUCAGUCGGUUUAUUGUUAAUCUCAGGGGGAGUUUAAAACUAAAUUCAAUCCCCUAAAUUGCCCAUGUUGAUUGUAUGUUUGAUGUUGACACCAUGGACGGCAGGUUUAUAAUGUAGUCACGUAUUCCCAGAGUUAUAUUAGUCGAACAAUAGUCCUUCACUUUAUCCUCCCCUCCACGGUCUCCAAGGUUAGAUUUCUGACAGAAGCAGUCGGUCAUUAGCGGUCUUUCACUUGUUGCCUGGAAAUGGAAACUUUGACAUUGUUGGAUGUUAGUAGAUCUUUACCCGUACACAUAAGUGACUUUGUGGCAGGAUGAAAGAAAUGUUCCUCUGUGAUUGAUGCCUCGGUUUUAUCAAGAGUACAUCCAUAUUUAUUUGGCCCAUACGUAAUAGAAUGUAUUCUCAAUUUAGAACUCUAUUGAAGAGUUGUUUCAAAAGCCCGUCCAUACCCGACUUUCUUUUCCUUGUAAAGUCAUCACUGGGAUAUGUAUAUUUACCAAAUAACCUCCUUUGUGCCACGACAAGUCCAUGCAUGCCAUGCAGCGCGCACGUGUAAACCAUCAUCAUUAUUUGAGGCAAUUUUUCAAAAGGAUUGUGAUUGAUUUCAAGGAUUAUUGGAGCAGAUUUUUGAGGGACAAUGCGGUGUGCAACUUUGGAAAAUGUCAAAAAGAAAUCCAGCACUACGCUCGACUGUAUCAAGAGGCCAGUUUUGCGUUUUGUAAACCACUCAGCAUCCAAUUCUCAGGGGUGGGUUGUACAAAUUGAACAUACCAUGGCAGAAUUUGUGUCCAUUUCCCGACUUGUCGUAGUGCACUGUAUUUGUACUAACCCGUCCUUUCUUUCAGUCGAUGCCUCCUUGUGUAUAGUGUAGAAAUGCUAAAAAGGAACGUGUAUAUUCUGCAUGUAAAAACAGCGCUCUGUUCAAGUUCUCCUUGUCAACUGACAAAGUACUGCACAAUUUGAGGAAAAAAAAUCUAUUUGAAUGUUUCAGGUUAAAAGAGCCCAUUAAAUCCAGCUUGUUUAUAUUUCAUUACCAACAGAGGGGAAGGAGUGUGUCCCCCGAACUAUAAAGGGGGGGCCAGAGAUUACAUCAGAUCUAUAGAAGGAUGUUAACAGACUAGUUUAUGUAUUGUAGUCGUGUGUUUUCUGCUUACAAUAUCGCUUCUUGAACUAUAAAAAAAAAAGGCACUUACUGAAAUGUACAAUUUAAAAAAGGAAUAUAUUUUCUAAUUUCUCCUUUUUCCAUAAAGUACUCAGUUUGAUCUUUUACAUCUGAAAAUAUAACAGCAACGGACGGGUUUCACAAAGCGGCAAAAGAUUUGUUGUCAUUAAACUGGUAAAAUACAACUGCAACACCACAUGUGAAAGUUUGAGAAUAAAAGAACAAACUGAAACAAACACAA